CGCACUCAUGGCAACUCAUGGCUGACGUUUCAGUCACUAACAGUCACUAAUAAACAUAAACCGUCAAUGGGAUGUUUAUCUUAUAUAAUAUUAUUGUAUAUUAUAAGAAAGUAUCAGUAAAAUGGCUGAGAAAGGAAUGGUGGGAAACAUUCCAAUUGAAUGCUUGACUGGAGAACCAGCAGUAGUUUGGUCUGGUUGGCGUACAUUAGGAGAUAGAGAGCUUGUUAGAGAAGCAUCUGCGAAGGGCACUCACAUAAAUCUUGCAUACAAGUGUAUAGCCCACAGGCGAAAUUGUUCCAUUGAGGAUGCUAAACAUUAUUUUAAUAAGGAAGUGGAACUCUGGACUACAGAACUCUUAAAGAAACGUCAAAUUUAUAGGGCUUCUCAUAUUUUACAAAACAUGAAAAAGAAUCCGGUGGAAUAUAUAUUUGAAGUUUGCACAAAUUCUAAAGAUUCAACAUUAAGGAACUAUUUAUCAGAGUAUUUAAUAAGUGUGGCACAUUUUGAAGCUGAGCAUAUUGAUUCAUUGAAUAUAUUAAAAUAUAUUAUACAAUUUGAAGAAAAAUAUAUGAUACAAGAUGGUUUAAGCUCAGUUCUUUGUAUAGAAAAUAUUAUAAAAUUACCAGAAAGGAUAAAAGAAGCAUUGUGUACAGAAUUAUAUUUUUCUAUAAACGAAUGCACUCUCUUAAAAAAUAUAACUAAUAUUGUGUUAUGGGAUUAUUUAUUAUCAAAUAAUAAAAUUGAAAUGAUUAGGUUUUGGAUUGAUUCUUAUUAUAGUGGUAAUGCAAUUAAAGAGUCAAAUGAUAUCAAUGAAGAAUACAAGUUAUUGUUUGCUUCCACAAAUAUUGCACCAGAUAUGAUUGAAAAUAUUGAUUCUUCGAAUGCCAGUAAUCUUGUAAAAGAUCUGGUUAAGAAUCAUCUAUGUAGGUAUGGAAUAUUUGUGGAAAAAGAAAAACAGGAUAUAAAAUUAACAUUAGCGCGCAUCUGUGGCAGCGCAAUGACGCUAUCAGAAUUUGACACAGUAUUGUCACGUGAAACGUGCAAUAUUAAUAAGACUGAAUUUUUGCAAACAGUCGAUAAGGAACUGUGCCUUGCUCAUUGUUUGAAUGAUACUUCUACUCAACAGGAUAGAAUUAAAGUUGAAAAUCUAUUAGAUACAUUAACGAAAAUGUGUAAUAGCCAAGAGCAGUGUGAAGAUACAUUAAUAGAAGGCAUUUUUGGAACAAUUCAUUACCUUUCUGAUGAUAUGAACGAAUUUUUGAAACAAAAUUAUCUGAUUGUUUUAGUACUAAUAUUUUUAAAUUUAUCUAAAGGAAAUGUGGCCGACAUUCACAACACAAAUAAUGAAAUGAAAGAAAGUGUACUCAAAAACAUAUUUAAAGGUACAGAUAAUUUACAACUGGGCGCUUAUAGCAUUUCCAAUGAAAUUCUUCAAAGUACAUUGAAACAUGUACCAAUUCUUCAGCACAUUAUUGAAAAUACACCAAAGAAAGAGGCCACAAUGUAUGAAUUAUUAGAUGGUUAUAAAAAUUUAAAUGUAAAACAGUUACUUAAGUGGCGCUUCAAUAAUGAGCCAAUGCCUCACUUCUCCAGUGAAACACUUGUUAAAAAAUACGGACAUGUAGAAGCACUAACGUAUGAAUAUUACUUAAAAGAAGCCCGUCCAAACAUGGCUAUACUUAGUUUAAAACAUUCCCAAAGAAAGUUAGUAAAAGGUGUAUCUUCUAGAAGGAAACAAAAAGCAAGUCUUUAUGCACAUAUUCUUGCUCUACGAAAUUUAGAUAAACCAGACAUAGUUUGUGGUUGCAUUUCUUUUAUUGAAAUGCUAAGUAUUAAUUCAGAAAAUUUAAGACUUCAUGUAACAGCAGCAAAUUAUGUACAAAAAGAAGUCAAUGUACCCAUUGGAAAUUUAUUAGAGAGCAUAAUAUAUAAAAAUGAAAAUGAUCUAAACACUGUAAUGACCUAUCUUGAAAAUAGUUUUCAAAAGAAUAUAUAUGAAAAUUUCAUUGAAGAUAGUCAGCAAGUUAUAAACAUGCUGAAAAUAUGGGAUAUUAUUGUACGAUUUGCAAAAAGUCACAAUUUCCCUUUACCAACGAGCUUAUUAAAAUUUUUAGCCAACCAAAACCACUGGUUCGAAUUUCUUUUAGUUUGUCAGCUUUUUGCUUAUCCCUUGAAUCAGGUAUUAGAAAUUACUAAACUCUUUGAAGAUCCAAUUAUGAAAGAACACUUGCUAACUUGUUUAAAUAAUACACAAAUUACCAAAACACAAUCAGCUGUUCAUAGUGAUCAAAAAUUGAAGUCACGAGAUGUCAGACAGUCGCUGUAUUGUAAAAUUGGGGUUAAACAAAGUGGAUCUCCACUUUCUGAUUCACCAACAUCGACAGACUCAGCAAGCAUUUCUGAUUCUUGCAGUACAUUAGAAUAUCCCAUAAAUGACAGUGUUUAUUCGGUAGAUGAUGACUUAUGGUUGAUUAUUCUAAAGUGCCAUCAAAGUCCAGAUCCACCUGGUGCACUAAUAAAUGCAUCUCGACUAACAUCAAGACCUUUUCUCACCGUUUUAGCAAGUUGUUAUGAGCCAUCAUCAACAGCAGCCUAUUCUUAUUCAUGGAUGAUAAUAUCUGCUGCAGAUGAAAGUAUCAUGUUUGAUUAUAAGGACUGCUUAGAACAGCAAAUAUGGACGGCGAAUCAAGUUUGUAAUUUAUUAAACGAAAUGGUGACUUGUGGAUACAUUGGUACCCUGAAUAGAGCUUACAAAAUAUUUAUGCCUGAGAGUCCAUUCAAUGAAUUUUUCGAAUUCCUUCUACAGUCUGCAGUUUAUGGAGACUUCAAAGAGUCUCUACAGAAUUUAUCGAAAUUCAAGAUGCAAUGUUUGAACCUCAAAUGCAAUAAAACUUUAGAUUGGGACUGUUCAGAUGGCUCGUACUUAAACAACUUAUACUGGUUUACAAUUGUUGCCAUUAAGUGUGUUAUUGCAAUACUUGCGUGUGGCUUUAAAAGCACGCAUUUACAAAUCAAAUUCCUUGAAACAUUGGUAAAAUGUAAUUUUUAUGCAGACUUCCAAGCAAACUUAUUUCAAAGUUUGUUGCAAAUUACAAAAAUUCUUCAAAACACUAAUGUUACGUUCAACUUUGCGGAUUUCACGGUAUCAGAUGACAUGUUUGAAUUUAAUAGAGAAAUUCAGAGAUGCAUCAAAGAUUUGUUACAAGCAGAAAACUAUGCUAAUGCAUUGGAAUUGUCAAAUGUAGCAGGUUUGAAUUCAUCCGACAUUAUCUUAGCCCAGUAUCGAUAUAAAUUUAAAUGUAUGCAAAGUAAUGAUAAAUUUGAUAAUGCAUUUUGGAACGAAUGUGCACUAAAUUUCAAGAAAUACAAAGUUCUACAUGAGAAAGCUACUGAAUUUUUUGUUGAACAUGCUGAAAAAGUUGCUUCUCACCACAAAAGGUAUGAAAUAUUACGUUUGGCUUUUGAGACAUUGAAGAAUGUUGAUACAGAACAAGAAACUGUGAACACACUAGAAAUGGCGAUGUGGAAAUCGUGUAUAUUAGCAGACCCUGAAAAUAUACAAUUAGAUAGCGGACCUUACAUUUUCAAUAAACUAAAGACGGAAUUGUUAUCAGGACUGGAUAAAUUGAAAUUUAGUUGUACAUUAAGUGAUCCGUCUGAAAAAGAUGCUGCUGAAAGAUUACUCAACAAAUUAAUUGACUUAGGUGAACUACAUACUGCAUUGAGAAUUAGUACCAUUUUCAAUUACAAACAUAAGGAUUUACACCUUCUAAUGUUAUGUUUGAGCUUGGCUGAAGGUGAAAUCUCACCAAAUGAAUUAACUUUCGAAGAAACAAGUCUUCUGAAGGAAGGAAAUAAGAAUAAACAACAAAAAUAUAGUGCUUUAAAAAAUCGUGGUUUGCAAAGAUUGUCUUCCUCUUCUUCAUUGACUACUGCAACGAACUUGAAUGAAAUAAGCAAAACAAAGGACGCGAACGUUCACAAAGUGCAAAUGGAAAGUUUAUCAAUUUUACAAACAAUAUUCAAAACCUUAAAACAUGGUCAAGACAUAUGUCUAAGAAUCGUAUUAUAUUACAAACUGGCAAUGCAGUUAGGAAGAAGUUACCAUUUUUUAUUAGUAUUAAAUGAUCCCGUUCAAUUUUUACAAGAGGUAACAGAGAGUAACAUUGAGAAUAAGUCAGAAGUAUUUCAUGACAUAAUUACUGCAUACAAAAUGAAUAAUGAUACUGUAGUAACAUUUUUAACUGAAAAUAUCACAGUAAAUAUUAUACGUGCCAUAGAAGAUGGACAAGAAGAUAAUAUUUGCCUUUGGGGUUAUUCUUUAAAUUCGAAUUUCCGUAUAAUUAUGGAAUUAUGCAAUGAUGUCUCACUUCUUGGUGGUCAGCUUUUAAAAAGGGCAAGCAAAUUAUUUGGACAAUCUCACGGUGAAAAAACAAAUGUAUCCACUUUGAAGACAAUUGUAGAAUUAUUAAUACGAUCUCAUGAUUGUUUUACAACUUCCUGUAACAUGGAGGGAAUAGCAUCAGUAUUACGAAAAUGUCAGAAUCUUGUAAAUGUUUUGCAAAAUCUCAAAUUAUGGACAUUAUUGGUGCGACUUGUAACUGGCGUCGGUCGUUUCACAGAAAUGAAUUACAUAUUUCAAAUUUUAAAAGAGAAUGAUCACUUUGAAUUCUUACUUGGAAAAGGAUUAGAUAAGGUACCUGGACUGAAAAUGGCACUUUUGGAGUUUUUGAAACGGAAUUGUCCUGAAAACAAGGAUCUUUUUACUUUGGUAGCCUUACAUUUUCGAUUGUAUCAUGAAAUCGCACUGAUGUGGGAAAAUGAAGCGAAAAAUAUAAUCAAAAUAUUAGUAUCGGAUGCAACAAAGAAUCAUGGAAAACUGCAGAGCACUGCUCAACAUGAAAUCAAGUUAACGAAAACGGACCAUGUUCUGGAGCAACUGCAGUCAGCUGUCUCCAGUUUCACUCAUGCAACACAAUACUAUUUAAAGGCCAACACACUAAAUCUUGCUAGUCGGUGUUCGGAUCAAGCACAACUAGUUGCCUUCCAACUUUCUUUGUUUACCAUAGUGUUUAAUAAUCAACAAGUAAUCUGUAUUCUUAAUUUAAAAUCUGAAGAUGUUGACAGAAUAUUAUGCCAUACUUUAAGUUUCUCUCAAGCCCUUAUCGUUAUAAACGCAUACAAUUAUCACGUGGAUUGGGCUAAUGUAAUAUAUAAUCAUUGUAUAUUGAACGUAAAUGCAAAAUACUUAAAAGAUUUUAUAGCUGUCAAAAAGCUAACUCCUAAUCUAGUACAAGAUUGUGCACGUAGGUACAGAUUGGAGAAAAGCAUUACUCAUGAGAUGACACACAAUAUGAAAAUGUUAGUGUCUGAAGUAUCAGAUGUAGAAUGUAAAUAUAUGUUGGCAAGCCAAUUAGGAUUUAAGGAUAUUGUAGAGUCAAUGCUCAAUAAUCCUAUAAUAGGUGCAUACCUCAAAGAUACUGUAUGGAAAAAGGGGUAUAAUGUUACCUGA